CCUGUGGAACAACACACACUGACUCGCUCACACGCACACAGCAUAUCCAAACACAAGAGAGGCCAAGACCCACUCUUCGCCCUCGCUCUUCUUCUCUUCAGCCCAAGACUCAAAAUUUAAUAAGAUUUUGGUUGUUUUUUGGCUGAGUUUGAGCUGAAAAUGGAAGCUUUCUGUGCCAUUCGCCCUGCCUACUUCGCGGAUCCACUGAAAGUAGAUUUCAGCACCACCAGGACUAGAAUUACUUUCCCCCAGAAACUCUUUUUCUGUCGAGCGAAGUUUGCUGACUCAGGGAUAGAUGGCUCAUUUAGCUUAAAACUGGUAUCUCCAGCCCUUUUAGCAGCUGAAAAAGAAGAAGCUAGGGCUGUCCUAACCUUGUUCUUGAAGAAACAAGGCCUCAGCCAUACAGUUGCUGCAAGAACCAUAAACAAGUCAGACCUUUUUGUGGAGCACCUGAUCUCUAGGCUUCAUGCUGUUCAUAAAUCCCGGUAUCUAGUAGGACGAGAGCUAACAACUCUUGAGAUUAGGGAGGCUCUAAUCCCUUACCUCGAAUCCCUUCUUGAUGAGCAUGGAGUUUUUCUGGUAGAUUUGGUGGAAAGCUUUCCAAAUGCACCUGUAAAAGAAAAGCCAGUUGCACCAGUUACUAAAUCUCAAUCGUCUGUGGAUUUAAAGAAGCUAAAGGCCAUAUCUCGAGUAAGUGAAAUUGGCCCAGCUGGGAAGCUCCCACCUCACAUUCUCUACCUUUUAGAGCUUGGCAUGGAUCUUGAUCAAAUCAAGGGAAUUGCGCGCAGAUUUCCAUCUUUUGCCUAUUAUAGUUUAGAGGGGAAGAUAAAGCCAAUUGUUGAGUUUCUUCUCGAACUUGGGGUGCCAAAAUCUGAUAUUCCUACAAUUCUUAAUAAGAGGCCUCAGCUGUGUGGAAUCAGUCUAUCUGAAAAUAUCAUACCUACCAUGAAUUUCUUAGAAGAUCUGGGUGUGGACAAGAAACAAUGGGCAAAAGUGAUAUACCGGUUUCCAGCGCUUCUCACUUAUAGUAGGCCGAAGGUGAAGACGACCAUAGAUUUUCUAUAUGAAAUGGGCCUUUCAGCCGAGCUCAUAGGUAAGGUUUUGACACGCUGCCCGAACAUUAUAAGUUACAGUGUAGAGGACAAGUUACGGCCAACAGCUGAGUACUUUCUCUCAUUGGGGGUGGAUGUUGCUGUUCUGCUCCAUCGUUCUCCCACGCUUUUUGGUCUCAGUAUUGAAGCCAACUUGAAGCCUGUAACAGAAUUUUUCUAUGAGAGGGGAUACAGUAUGGAGGAAGUUGGGAUCAUGCUUUCAAGAUAUGGAGCAUUAUAUACUUUCAGCUUGGCAGAGAAUUUGAUACCAAAAUGGGAGUUCUUUUUGACCAUGGAUUAUUCAAAAUCAGAGCUGGUUAAAUUCCCUCAAUAUUUUGGCUAUAGUUUGGAAGAAAGGAUUAAACCAAGGUAUGCACUAAUGAAGGAAUGUGGAAAAUAAAGAAAUUGUCUGCUGGAAAAGAUCCAAAUAUCUGCAGUGAUGAUCUUACAUCGGAGGUUGAACAAUGAAAGUUCUGAGCAAAUAUUGUAACAAUACAGGACGCGCAUGCACAAUAUGAGCACUGAUGCAGUACAGGUGCCACAUUGAAGCUAAAAAUGGAUGUGCUUUCACUGGGGAAUAGAGUCAAUAUAUCGUUUCGAAAGUUGGAUAAUGUAUGUGAUUCUUCUCACCUGCGCGUGCAGACAGUAGAUAUUCGAUUGUUGUCAAAUUUUCUUCAAGUUUCAGGAGGGAGUUGUAUCUGUUGCUACUUGCCGAGUGACAUCCUCCAAAUGAAUGAAGAAUCAUCUGCCAUCCUAACUCUUUUGCCUGGUUGACCUCUUUUAUGACUCUUUGUAUUUGCCAGGUUUUUCUAUUCUAAACUCCUGGGUUUGGAAAGCUGGUAGAAACUUGCUCUGUCCUGUUACAAUUUUUUUGUACGUUGUAGUUCGGAUUAUUAUUACUUUUUAGAUCCAAUCCAAUUACUCUAAUCUUAGUUUUAUGUUUCCUUGUAAAUGAAUACCAUUGUCCAGAGAGAAGCUUUCAUAUUCUGUCUGGGCGGUUCCCUUUUGGUUUUGAAAAUGC